UAUGUUACAUCUUACAACCACUGAGAGUUAGAACAGAGACAUGCACAACAUUGCAUUACCCCUACUUAAUAAUUUCAGUAGAAACACAUUGUCAGUUUUAUAGUUCAUUAUUUUAAACCUAUUUACCGUUGGAUUUAAUGUGCAUUGCUGUGGACGUCUGUGAGAUCCUUACGCUUUUUAUCGGGUAAAUGCGUCUCAUUCAUAGAUUCACACAAUCGGACAUUAGAAGUGUGAAAGAUGCGAAAGGACGUGAGGAUACUGCUGGUUGGAGAACCCAAAGUAGGGAAGACGUCCCUGAUCAUGUCACUGGUCAGUGAGGAGUUCCCGGAAGUGGUUCCUUACAGAGCUGAGGAGAUCACUAUACCAGCAGAUGUCACACCGGAGAGAGUCCCUACACAUAUAGUAGACUACUCAGAGGCUGAACAGACAGAUGAACAACUCUAUCAAGAGAUAUCAAAGGCCAAUGUUAUAUGUAUAGUCUACUCGGUGAACAACAAAAAGUCCAUUGAGAAGGUGACAAGUCAUUGGAUUCCCCUGAUAAAUGAGAGAACAGACAAAGACAGCAGGAUUCCUCUGAUCCUUGUGGGGAAUAAAUCGGAUCUGGUAGAGCACAGCAGUAUGGAGACUGUCCUUACCAUCAUGAACAAAUACUCAGAGAUAGAGACCUGUGUAGAGUGUUCAGCCAAGAGUCUGAAGAAUAUCUCUGAGUUGUUUUAUUAUGCACAGAAGGCUGUCCUUCACCCAACAGGGCCACUCUACUGUCCUGAUCAGAAAGAGAUGAGACUUGCCUGUGUCCGGGCAUUGACGCGCAUCUUUAAAGUGUCUGAUUUGGAUAACGAUGGCAUUCUGAAUGAUUAUGAGCUCACCUUUUUCCAGGGAACCUGUUUCAACACCCCACUAGCUCCUCAGGCCCUGGAGGAUGUAAAAAAUGUUGUGAGAAAAAACCUGUCAGAUGGAGUGCGUAACAAUGGACUCACCCUGAAAGGUUUCCUUUUUUUGCAUACUCUGUUCAUUGAAAGAGGAAGGCAUGAGACCACUUGGGCUGUCUUGCGGAGGUUUGGAUAUGAUGACAAUCUAGAGUUGCAUCAGGACUUCCUGUUUCCCCCGUUAAAAAUACCCCCAGACUGCACCACCGAGCUCAAUCACAAUACCUACCUGUUCUUACAGAGUGUCUUUGACAAACAUGAUAUGGACAGAGACUGUGCUUUGUCCCCCGAGGAGCUACUGGAUCUGUUUGAUGUUUUCCCCUAUGUCCCCUGGGGACUGGAUGUGAACAACACGGUCUGCACAAAUGACCAGGGCUGGAUCACCUACCAGGGCUACCUCUCACAGUGGACGUUAACUACUUUCCUGGAUGUGCAGCGCUGUCUGGAAUAUCUUGGUUACCUUGGUUACUCUAUUAUUGCUGAGCAGGAGUCUCAGACGUCUGCUAUAACAGUGACCCGCGAUAAGAAGAUUGAUCUUCAGAAGAAACAGACGCAGCGGAAUGUGUUUUGCUGUAAUGUGUUUGGUGGAAUUGGAAGUGGCAAAAGUAGCUUCCUGCUGGGUUUUCUUGGCAGAAACCUCAUGUGUCAGAGGGCAAUAAGAGAAGAACAUAAAUCUUAUUAUGCAAUCAGCACUGCACAUGUGUAUGGACAGGAGAAGUACUUAUUGCUCCAUGAAGUCUUUCCAGAUUUUGACUUUCUGUCUGAGACAGAUCUUGCAUGUGACGUUGUGUGUCUGAUCUAUGAUGUCAGCAACCCAUGCUCUUUUGAGUACUGUGCACAAAUCUUCAAGCAAUACUUUAUGGACAGUAAGAUUCCAUGUAUGUUGAUUGCUGCUAAGUCAGACCUGCCAGAAACAAAGCAGCAAUACUGUAUGACACCACUGGAAUUCUGCCGCAAGCACAAGAUGCCUCCGCCUCAGUCCUUUACCUGUAACACAGCUGCAGCUCCCAGCAAAGACAUUUUCAUCAAACUCACCACAAUGGCCAUGUACCCCCAUGCACGUCUGCGCUGCAUGUGUACCUGUAACAGGUGCACCUUCUGCCUCUGUCAGAACUUCCUCAACUCUGAGCUUGUGCAGACGGUUCGGACCAAACUCUACACCGUCAUCUUCAGCAGGCAUAUUACCCAUGCUGACCUGAAGAGCUCUACAUUUUGGCUCAGAGCGAGCAUUGGAGCCACAAUGUGUGCUGUACUUGGCUUUGCAAUGUACAGGGCUCUCCUCAGAUCUCGAUGAGCAGACCCUUAAAACCUGCUAUCCCUAGCCAUAGCUGUCUCCUGUCUGCUGAGAGAACCACAAGAAAGAGGGUGAAUAUAUAAAAAAUUAUAAUAAUAAUAAUCAUGAAGAAACAUAGCUGUUAUAUUUAUACUUCUAUUUAAUUAUUGUCAUGUGUACAUUUUUCACUAAAGAAAAUCCUAAAAUCUUGAGAUUUAAAACAAGAUUAUAAACCCUAGUUAUGUGCUAUUUAAUAAAGACACAAACAAACUGUUAAUAAUAUGUAAAUAAUGAGAUAGCAUAUUUAUUUGAUGUGAUGUAAAUGAAAACAGCAUUCAUAUCUGGUCAAAUCGUUAAACACCUAAAAAAAUACACUUGUUUUGCUUAUUCAUACAUUUUUAUCUCACACUGUGAGAUGGAAUGUUUAUCGUAAAAACAAAUUUUUUAACCAUAACCAAGUGAAAGCUGGACGCUGCAGCUUUUGUCUGUGUAAAGUGUAAAAACACUGAAUCUUCUGGGCUCAGUUUGCAUGCUUCAGUGUGAUACAUAAAGUCUCAAUAAAAGAAAAGUAUUUUUGAAUGAUAUGAACAGGCUUUUUCCCUUGUCAGUUUCCAUCAAUUACAAACUUUUCAAUAAACAGAUCUUGCAACAGUGUAUUUUGUAAAACCACACAUUUUUACACUGAGAACAUGCAGACAGACAAGGGAAAUUAAAUGGUAUAGUUCACCCAAAAAUAAAGAUUUACUGUACUGUACCAUACUGUAUGAUUUUCUUUAUUCUAUAGAACACCGGAAAUGUUCUGCAAAAUAUUAGCCUCAGUCACAUUUUUUCAAUGUGCGGAAAGAUGCUAUGAAAGUGAAUGGUUACUGUAGCUAAUAUUUAGCCUAGCAUCUUUAGUGAUCCACAGAAGAAAUAAAGUAAUAUGGCUUGGGAACAACAUAUGUGAGUAAAGAUGACAUAAUUUUUUUUUUU